AUGACUUUCUGGGUCAGUGCUACUGGAAUUCCGACACACUUCUGGCUUGAGCCAAUCUUCAAGGCCCUUGGGAAGGGACUCGGGCUAGUUGGAAAAGUGGAAGAAAAGGCGGUAAAAUUUGAAUUGGAGCUGGAUUCAGAGCGUCCCUUAAAAUUCAAGCUCCGUGCGCAACUACCUUUGGGUGAGAUCGUCCCUGUAACUCUCGAAUACUCAAACCUCCAUCGUUGGUGCCACCACUGUCGUCUCAUAUCCCAUGAAAUCGAUACUUGCCCUCAACUAACUGAUAAACAAAGAGAACAGUUAGCAAAAGAGAAAGACCUAUCAAGAGACCAAGUCCCCUUUCCUAGAAUGGAAGUCAACAGAAAUGGAGAGAAUUCAAGGAGAGCAACCGCACCUGUCACAAAGGCUCCAUUGCCACAGGAAAGGCGACAGGGAGAUCAUCCUCAACGAGACAACAGGGACAGCGUUUGGAAACGCAUUGACUCCCGUUAUGCUCCUAGAGAAGACUACCGCCGAGACCACCGCCUAGCUCCUCGUGAACAAGAGAAACUGCCACACCAAAAAGAAACUUACAACAAGAGAAGAUAUGAUGAAUCUUUUGCUUCAAGUAAAAAAAGGGAAGAGGAAAGGAAAGAAUCGAGCAAGCACCUACCCUCAAGAAGAAACUCGGAGGAAGAUCAACUCCCUACAGCAUCUCAUGCGAAACAACCUGCUCGCUCCCUUGCCCUGCCUCAGCCAGUGACUGACAAAUCCUUAAAGGAGAGAAUCAGUACAAACUUGUCUCCUAAACACGUUCGGGAACGGCCUUUUAAGCUUAAUCUACGAUCAAAAUCUAUUGAGGAUCAAAAGCUGAAAGGAAAAGUGGCUGAUUCGGAGAAUGUAUCUGAUGAGGGAAGCUCUGCAAAGAAGAGUUUAAAAUUUGAUGAAGAAAGGCCUCGGUCUUCAAGUAAUCUGCAAGUCGGUCCACUGAAGUUCCAACCUUCAAAGGAAAAAGAAAAGAGUUGGUAUGAACAGACUCUAGAUGAGGAGGAAGAGUCGGUGGAUCGGGAGACUGUUAAACAACCUGCCUUGCAUGCAGAGGAGACGAGGGAGAAUGUAGAGGAGACGAGGGAGAAUGUAGAGGACCCUGAUGCAGAAAAAAUCCUAGAGGAAGAAGACUGGAUGGUGGAUGAGGCUAACUACGAUGACGAUGACCUGUUAGAGGAAGACGAUCUGAUGGAGGAAGACGACUUAUUGACGGAGGAUCUGGAACAAGUAGAGGCUGUGAUCGCGCCGGCUCAAGAGGAAUCGAAGCAGAUAAACACGGCUCCUUCUGAGUCAGAGAUAGGCAAGAAACUCUCUGCGAGACCAAGUCCUCUGGCCCCGUUUGAUCAAACAACUGAAUCUCGUCCUGCUCUAACCCCAUCUUCAAAAUCGCGUCCAUCGCCGGCAAAGAAGAAACGGAGCUCCCCAAGCCCAAUUGCAACCGGUGUCUCUCUGAGACAGAGGAACCUAAUGGGUCGGGCUUCUGGAAAGGCAAGAGUUUCUAGGAUUGGGCCGAAUCUGCAGCAAUGCCCCCUCUCCAAGUGA